CUCCUAUCUAUGUUGUUUUUUCUGGUCUCUCUUCUUAGGAGAUGGACGGAUUUGAAAGCGAUAAAGAGGCGGUUUUGAGAGUUCCGGUAAGGAUCCGGGUAAGAUCCAGGCAAGCCGGUUCUGUCUUUGAUUUCAGGAGAUUGACAAGAUGGGGAACCCAUUUUUUGCUACCGCUGCAUUAUCUACAAGAGGAAGGCGCACAUUGGUCGAUGGAUCUGCAUGUUUCAAGGGAAAAUUUUAUUCUUCAGCUGCGAUGGUGAUGGUAGAAGUCAAAAAAUUGGGAGGAGACCCAGGAAGAUAUUUAAUGUAGCCUUUGUUGGAAGCAAAUGUUUGGGUUUGGUUUGAUCUUUCCUAAUCCUACAACAUCACCACCAGUUUUCCAGACGCCAAAGUUCUGGCACACCAUUUGGUGUCCGGAGGUAGUUUUGGUUAUUAAAUGGUCAAAUUAGUUGCACAAUAUGUACCAGUGGGUUAGAUCCCCACGAGAUUUUCCAUAUUUGUCUGGAUUUGGUUUUGUAACAGA